GUUAUACAUUCUGCACACACUAUUUUUACAUCCGCAUCGACCUAUACCCGGGUCUGACUCGCUAUAAUCAUGGCGAAUCUAUUUAUUUUUCUGACGAUUUUUGCCACUCUUACGCUGGUGGAACCCCAUGGAUACCUUGAGGACCCACCUGCCCGGGGGUCAAUGUGGGCCCUAGGCUGGGACACACCACAAAACUACAACCAUAUGCAAAUGUUCUGUGGGGGCAAACAGCAUCAAUAUCAAACAAACGGAGGAAAAUGUGGAGUGUGUGGCGACCCCUAUGACGCUCCACAGCCACGAGAGAAUGAAGGCGGUGGGGUUUAUUCCAGUGGAAUAAUCUCGAAAUGCUUCGAAAAAACUGCCUCCGUCAUUGAGGUUAAAGUUCAGAUAACAGCCAAUCAUCUGGGCUACUUUGAGUUCCGGCUGUGCGAACAUAACAAUCCUUUCACGCCUGUCACACAGGAAUGCCUUGACGAACACGUCCUAAGUUUGUCUGAUGGCGAAGGAAGCCGAUACUAUAUCGGUCCAGAGUUAGGAGAGUAUACGGUUCAGUUGCUAUUACCAGAAAACGUGCAGUGUUCUCAAUGCGUUCUUCAGUGGAAAUAUAACACAGGCAAUUCCUGGGGAUGCGAAAAUGAUUUGUGCGGCCUUGGUUACGGUGAACAGGAACAGUUCUAUGGAUGCGCUGAUGUUUCCAUUCUGGACAGCUGCCAAAACUUUGAUCACUAUCAAUACGUAAACGGGGGUACAGUGACACCCAAGCCAACAACACUGACGCCAUCAAGCAACAUGACAUCGUCAACUUCGAGUCCAGUCUCAACAACGAUGAAACCAGCUACGACAGCUCAACCAAGUUCAACGACGUCUAAACCGAUUUCAACUACAACUAAACCAAUUUCAACUACACCUAAACCAAUUUCAACUACUAGCACCCCUAGACCUACAACUAGUUUAGCAUCAACCACUCAAAAACCAGUUUCUUAUGGAGAAUGCUAUCCAAACUCUUUCAUGGAUGAUACUGAAGAAUUUAACGAAAUCUGCACCUUCGCCUGUUCGAAAAACGUGUGUUUAUCCUUUUACUGUGACUGUGAGGAAAUCAUUGCACCAACACAGCAAUCUACAACCUUGAUGUCAAUUCUGACAUCGACACCAUCGCCACCAUCAUCAACGCCAUCACCAUCAUCAUCAUCGUCGUCGUCGCCCACAACUCAGUCAUCAAAGACAUGCCAAGACAUAGAAGUGACUGAAGCAUACAAGAAUACUGCUGGAAUGUUAGAUUGGUGCAUCCAGCAGUGUCUUGCAGACAGAUGUACCCCGUCGCACUGCAUAUGUUAGAUCCGCUCCAUUAUACUCUCACCAAUUAAGAUAUUUACUCAGUCUAUAUACCUGUAUACAUAUAGAAUGUUUUGUUUUUACAUAAUAUGUUCAUAAGAAUAUUUCUUUAUUUUACAUGUAUGUACAAUUUAUCUUUUUGAUGCAAAUGAUCUUAUUGUUGUUUCGAAUAUCACCUUUAUGAUAUUCUAUGAUUGUUCUUAAUGCCAUUUUUUAAAAAGGAAUGUAUUUUUUUUUUGACAAGUUUUUUGGUCAAACAUGAAUAAAAUAAAACAAUAAAGCUGGAAUGUGAAGAGAUAUAUUAUUUACGUCCAUUAUUGAAAACCAAUAUCGAAAAGUUUUAAUUAUUUUUCCCUACGAAGAAAACUCAUAUGUAUACAGCAUACAUGUAUGUAUACAUGUGGAUUAUGGAGAAAGAUUAUGAAAUCAGAAUGAUGUACAUUUAGAUUCCUUAAUUGACGCGAAGAAUUAAUACUAGCGUAAAAUCACGAGAAACAAGCCUCGCAAAUUUUUAAGUCUCGCUUUUAUUUUUCAGACAGAUUUUGAACUAUUUAAAAUCAUAACAAAAAAUUGGUGCUUGCGAUUUAAUAUUCUCGCGAUUUGAUCCAAAACAGUAGAAUUACGGAAUUAAGUAUUCACGUUAAAUAAGGAAUUUACUGAAUUUCCCUGUAAAUAGAAAUUGUAAUUACAUUAAUAAGAAGCAUCUAUAUGAUACCGAUAUAUUGAUCGUCGUCUUUGUACUGCAUUUUAAAAAAAAAAAAUAAAAAAAUAAAAAUGUUCUGAUAUUCUGACCAACUUGCGUGAUGGUCACCAUGUAUACGUACGAACUCAACGGUUUUGUUUUCAAUUGUCUAAAGUUGUUACCCCACGAGAUUUUUGAAGUUAACUUUUACGGCAAUAAAAAGCAAUUUAUAAUCAGGUGAAUGGAAAGUGGCUUUCCAUUUUUUAUUCGACACCUCUGCUAGCAAUUUUGUCUAUGUUAUUUAGUUUAGAAAUCGACUAAAAUAGAGUAGAAAUGAAAGGUCAAUAACAAAAAAAUUUAAAACUUUGUUAUUUACCUCUUACUGUGUUAUAUUUAUAGUAUUUCUAGGAAAAAAAAUCUUGUUUUCAGGUUUAUCAGCUCACAACUGAGUGAGCAUUGACGAUGACUUGAAGAUCACGCGCACUUCUGAAUUUACGAUGAGUGUUCACGUUAUUGCCUUUUAUCAUGGGAAAAAAAUUUCCGAUCUUUUCGAAAAAAAAAAACCAAAAACAAAAUUACCACAAACUGUCCUCUAUACCAAAAUUAUAUUCGUUAUUAAAAUCAAAGUUUGUAAAUGACACUUCUUAUUUGAUAAAAUCAGGCAUAUUGGGAAAGACGAAUUUUUAUCAAUUUUAUCAUUUUGUAACUUCAAAUGUUGAUAGGUUGCAACGGGGUGCAGUUUACCGUUUGAUCUUUGUCAUGUUUAUUUUGCGGUAUUAUAUUCAUUGUAGUAGCUCUACCGUGUGUCACCACAAAUUUUCCUGAAAGAAUUUUCUGUAUACAGAUUUAUAUGUGUAAUGAUAUUUGACUAUCUUUGUGUUUGUAACCUUGUACAUGUACAAAUAAUAAAGUUGUUUUCCAACGGUA